GACAACACAAGAGCAAUAUCUCGCGCCCACUUGUGUAGGUAGCUUCUUCUCCCUCCCAAAACCCCUAAGCCCCAACCCCAACCUCCGACACCCUUUUCCGCCAUUGAAGGCUUGAAGCUCCUUAAGCCCCAAACGCCGCAAUGAACGCUACCUCUGCUCCUACUUAAUCAAAGUCGUAGCUCCGAGAGAUGCUUCUUAGGCAUCGCACCUCUCUCCGUGGUCUCUUCGUCUCCAACUCCCCCUGUCCCAUUAUGACCUCCAAGCACUUCCUCAACUUCAAACCCACAACCUCUUCAUUCAAUUAUCCCGACACCAAAACAAACCUCUACCCUGCUCACAAAUUCAUUUCCUCUACUUUUCCCUCAAAAUCUUCCCCCAAAUUGGUUCCUUUAUCCCUUAAACCAUCUAACUUAUCCUUUUCUUCCCACGCCAGUAUCCCUAGACCAGUUUCUGAAGCAUAUUUGGAGAAGGCUGAUGAUGAAAUAAUAAUCGAUACUCCACAGCUAAAGGCACUUGAAGUGAAAUUGAAGGAGAUUGGAAUAGUCUCUGAAUCUUUUGGUCCUGGACAGAAAAAUGGCUUGAUUUGCCCCAUGUGCAAAGGUGGUGACUCAGGGGAGAAGAAACUCUCUCUCUUCAUUUCUGAUGAUGGUAAUUCAGCUGUGUGGACUUGUUUUCGAGCCAAAUGUGGAUGGAAAGGGAGCACACGAGCUUUUGCAGAUGUUAAAUCAAGUUACAAGAGGAUGAAUGCACUCCCCAAAGUGAAAAAGAUUAAGGAACUCUCAGAACAUGAAUUGAAUUUGGAACCUUUGUGCAAAGAUUUACUUGAAUAUUUUUCUGAAAGAAUGAUAUCUGAAGAGACAUUACGGAGAAAUCAUGUCAUGCAAAGAAGAUAUGAAAAACAGAUUGUUAUUGCAUUUACUUAUAGAAGAAAAAAAGAACUUGUUAGUUGCAAAUACAGAGAUAUCUCAAAGAAAUUCUGGCAGGAAAGUGAUACUGAAAAGAUAUUAUAUGGACUUGAUGAUAUAGAAGGAGCAAGUGAUAUCAUCAUAGUGGAGGGCGAAAUGGACAAACUUGCAAUGGAAGAAGCUGGUUUUAGAAACUGUGUGAGUGUUCCUGAUGGAGCUCCUCCAAAAGCUUCCUCUAAAGAUUUACCUUCUCAAGAACAGGAUGUGAAAUACCAAUAUUUAUGGAACUGCAAAGAGUAUUUGGAAAAGGCUUCUCGUAUAAUACUUGCUACUGAUGCAGAUCAACCUGGGCAAGCCUUAGCUGAAGAACUUGCACGUCGCCUUGGAAGAGAAAGGUGUUGGAGAGUGACAUGGCCAAGUAAAAAUGAAAAAGAGCAAUUUAAAGAUGCUAAUGAGGUUCUGAUGUUCAUGGGUCCAGCUGUAUUAAGAGGAGUUAUUGAAAAUGCAGAAUUAUAUCCAAUUAAAGGUUUAUUUAAUUUUAGAGAUUAUUUUGGUGAAAUUGAUGCAUAUUAUCAUCAAACCCUUGGUAAUGAGCUUGGAAUUUCAACUGGAUGGAAGGCUUUAGAUGAUUUAUAUAAUGUUGUUCCUGGAGAGUUGACUUUAGUCACUGGAGUCCCGAAUUCAGGAAAGAGUGAGUGGAUUGAUGCAUUGUUAUGUAAUCUUAAUGAAAAUGUUGGUUGGAAAUUUGCACUUUGCUCUAUGGAGAAUAAGGUUAGAGAGCAUGCAAGGAAACUUCUUGAAAAGCACGUGAAGAAGCCAUUCUUUGAUGUGAGGUAUGGAAAAUCUGUUGAAAGAAUGAAUUUGGAGGAUUUGGAGUUAGGAAAAAAAUGGUUGAGUGAUACUUUUCAUCUCAUAAGGUGUGAGAACGAUUGCCUACCAAGUAUUGAAUGGGUCCUUCGCCUUGCAAAAGCAGCAGUCCUUAGACACGGUGUCAAUGGACUUGUGAUCGAUCCAUAUAAUGAACUUGAUCACCAACGACCUCCCAACCAGACUGAAACAGAAUAUGUAAGUCAAAUGCUGACAAGUAUCAAACGGUUUGCUCAACACCAUUCAUGCCAUGUUUGGUUUGUGGCACAUCCUAGACAGUUGCAACAAUGGAAUGGAAAACCUCCAAAUCUUUAUGAUAUUAGUGGAAGUGCACAUUUUAUAAACAAAUGUGACACUGGAAUUGUUAUUCAUCGGAAUCGGGAUCCAGAGGCAGGUCCAAUGGAUCGAGUGCAGAUUUGCGUGCGAAAGGUACGAAAUAAAGUCUCGGGAACAAUAGGUGAUGCAUACUUGAAAUAUAAUAGAGUAACUGGUGAAUAUUUGGACAUCAUGGAGACAAUGAACAGGAACUGAAGGCCUUUUGUUCUAAUUCUAAUCCAUCUUUUUUGUUUUACUUUUAUGUAUUUUUUUUUAAAACUUUGUAAGAAUAGUAAUUUGAUGAUUAUCAUGUGCAAAUAUGUUGAAAGACAUUGAAUUUAUAUAUAUAAAUCUUGAUUUGUA